AUGUCCGCAUCGCGCCUCUUCCAACCCGUCCAAGUCGGUCGCAUGCAGCUCCAGCGCCGCCUCAUACAGCCAGCUUUGACCCGUAACCGCGUCGACAAGACCACGCGUAUCGUUGGGGACGACGUCGUACAGCACUACGCACUCCGUGCGACCGUGCCUGGAACCCUGCUCAUCGCCGAGGCUACCUUCAUGACACCACAAAGCGCUGCACUGCCCAAUUGGCAGUACACCCCCGGAGCGUGGACGAGCGAGCAGGUAGCUGGAUGGAAGAAGGUCGUAGACGCAGUGCAUGCUCGCCAUUCCUUCAUCUACCUCCAGCUGUGGGUUAUAGGCCGCGAAGUCGACCCCGACAUCCUAGCCGCACUCGACCCCUCCUACCCAUACAUAUCGGCGUCCGGGAUCCCUGUGGAAGGUCGCAGCCGCGCGCCACGCGCCAUCACUCGCGAGGAGAUCCAGGAGUACGUGCGCCAGUUUGCGCGAGUGGCCAAGACGGCUGUAGAAGACGCCGGCUUCGACGGUAUAGAGGUUAAUGCGGCUGGAGGUUAUCUCCUGGACGAGUUUCACAAGGUGUUCUCGAACAGCCGGACGGAUGAGUAUGGUGGAAGUCCGGAGGGUCGCUCGAGGUUUACUUUGGAGGUCAUGGACGCUAUCGCGGACGAAAUCGGCGAGGACCGUCUGGGGCUGAAACUCAUGCCUUGGGAUACGACUCGCGGUACAGGCUACGAGAACGAAGACCCUGUCCCAACUUUCUCAUACCUCGCGACUGAGCUUCGUAGACGUCAUCCCGAUUUGGCCUGGCUUCACGUCAUCGAACCUCGCUGGGGUGAUUCAUGGUCAGGGCGCAACAUCAAAACUCAAGAGAGUAACGACUUCUUGCGCGAGAUCUGGCGCGGGAAGACGUACAUUGUGGAUGGCGGAUAUACCCGCGAGAGCGCUAUAGAGGAGGCGGAUGCCGACGAGCACGUGCUCGUUGCGAUCGGACGCUACUACACCUCUAACCCCGACUUGCCCAUUCGGCUCCAGCACAAUCUCCCGCUGACGCCGUACGUCCGCGAGUCUUUCUUUGCAGAGCGCGAUCCAGCUGGAUACAACACUUUUGGGUAUGCGGAAGAGAGCAAGAAGAUACUCGCGACGCUGGGCAUUCCUGUGGAGGGCCUGUAA